AUGGCGACUGCGAUGGCAGAGAUGGCAGACAUGGCUGAAGCGGAACGACUGGAAGCGUCUAUGAAUAGGGAUGCCAUCGACUUCUUCCGAUCGCUCGUCAAUUACAAGACAUCUGCGGGAAAGAGCACUCGUCCGACCAAUUUUGCCGUAAGUGUCGCCACUUUCUGGCCAUCGAUGGCCGCACCGACGGGUCCGCCACCCGAUGGCGGGUCUGGACAUAUCGGGCGUCACAUGGGAUCCGAUCUGAAGAAGUGGUUUCUGGCCAAAUAUCCGUAUCACUCGGAUUUCGUGAAGUUCUUCCACGAGAACGACAAUGUCUUCGUCUAUGACUACAUGUCGGGUGAGGUUAAGCUGCGGCUGUCGUCCACUCAAUACGUAAGGCCCAGACGUUUGGCUUAUCUCGAGAUCCAAUGCUCCGAUCCGUCGGUAAAAGACGACAAAAUGGCGGCCAAUGUCUGCGAAUUGGAGCUCUUUCUGCACGUCUUCCGAGAACUGGUCACCGGUUAUGAG